AUGGCGCCCCACGCCGCUCCAUCGCGCGAACAGCCAACCGCCAGCACAGACCUCCAAGCCGGCAAAGACUUGAAGUUGGGCGACUUCGAACAUGUAGACGCAGCCCUCAGCCUCUCCGAAGCGCGCAUUGUCUUGAACCGCGUCACCGAGGUUCGAAAUGGGAUGAAUAUACCUCUGAACGAGAACGACACCAUGACGAAGACGCGCGACUAUCUCGAGAUCUUCUCUGUUUUCAAGCGGAAAACCGACGCAGAAGAAUCCGAUCGUGUGUUGGCUUCGUUCGAGGCGAACCUGCAUUUCUUCGAGAAGGCGCAGAUGAAGAAUCUGGCACCGACAUGCGCAGAUGAGGCCAAGGCGCUGAUCCCGAGUCUGGAGAAGCAGGUCGAGGAUGGCGUGGUGGAUGAAGGCACACUCGAUAACAUCUGUAAUGAGUUGCAGAAGGUCAAGAUGAGGGCCGAGCUUGAGGAGUGA